AUGACCCAGGACUCGGUUUACGGCGUGGCCUUCAGAUCUGUCGCCACGACAGACGAGACUGCCUACAGAAACGCGAUCAAAUUCUACCACAAGCUUGGAUUCUCCACCGUAAAGACUUACGACAAGUUCAGAGGCAACAAGCAGAGCACGCCAACCUCGGGAACAGCCCAAGGUUCCGUCAAGGAAACUUGGCUAGAAAGCUUCAAGCUCUCAGAAGUGGACAGCAACGGAUUCCGUAUCCCACAGCAAGAAGCUUCCAACCACCACCAAAGUGACGGCGCUCUUUUGAAAAUCAGACUCGUUUCCGCAGAACCAUUCGUAACUGCUGACACUAGCGUCACUUACUACACCGCUCAGCCAGAACACAUUUCGGACGUGGUUCCAGAAGCUCAAAAGCUCGAACAUGGCGAAUACGUGGCCCAAGAUCCACUUGGCAACACCUUGCGCUUUUCACCCUACGUGAAAGCCGGUGAAAACAAACCAGUGGGCAAAGACUUCUUUUUGAGCGAGGACAAAACACUCGCAGACUACCUCAAGCAACAGGAGCUCGGUGGCUCCGCAAACUCUACUGGCUCCGAGCUUUCUGAUGGAAAGGGCGGUGUCAAGAGAAAAAUCGCAGUGAUGACCUCUGGUGGUGACUCUCCAGGUAUGAACUCUGCCGUUCGUGCAGUGGUCAGAGCCGGUAUUUACUACGGUUGCGACGUUUAUGCCGUUUACGAGGGUUACGAAGGUCUGCUACAGGGUGGAGAACUUCUACGCAAGAUGGAAUGGCAAGACGUCAGAGGCUGGCUCAGCCAAGGUGGUACCUUGAUCGGUACCGCUCGUUGCAUGGGCUUCAGAGAACGCAAGGGAAGAAAGCAAGCUGCUGCCAACUUGAUCACGGAAGGUAUCGACGCCUUGGUCGUGUGCGGUGGUGACGGUUCUCUAACCGGUGCCGAUCUGUUCAGAUCUGAAUGGCCUUCUUUGGUCGAAGAACUCGUCAAUGAUGGCGUUUUCACCGCAGAACGUGUUGAACCUUACAGAAACCUCAAGAUCGUCGGUCUUGUUGGUUCCAUUGACAAUGAUAUGUCCGGAACUGAUUCUACUAUCGGUGCUUACUCCGCAUUGGAAAGAAUUUGUGAAAUGGUUGACUACAUCGAUGCCACUGCUAAAUCUCACUCUAGAGCCUUUGUUGUUGAAGUCAUGGGUAGACACUGUGGUUGGUUAGCCUUGAUGGCCGGUAUUGCUACUGGUGCCGAUUAUAUCUUCAUUCCUGAAAGGGCCGCCCCCGCUGGUAAAUGGCAAGCUGAAUUGAAGAAAGUCUGCCAAGCCCACAGAGACAAGGGACGUAGAAACAACACCGUCAUUGUGGCGGAAGGUGCUCUUGACAACAACUUGAAGCCAAUCACCGCCGAUGAAGUCAAGGACGCAUUGGUCGAUUUGGGCUUAGACACCAAGAUCACCACUCUGGGCCACGUCCAGAGAGGUGGUACAGCUGUGGCUCAUGACAGAUGGCUAGCUACCUUGCAAGGUGUUGACGCCGUCAAAGCUAUUCUGGAAAUGACACCAGAGACACCCUCGCCAUUGAUUGGUAUUCUGGAGAACAAGAUUAUUAGAGUGCCAUUGAUGGAAUCGGUGAAGCUAACUAAGAGUGUCGCCAACGCUAUCGAAAGCAAGGACUUUGACAAAGCCAUUUCUCUCCGUGAUACCGAGUUUAUCGAGCUUUAUGAGAAUUUCCUCUCCACCACUGUAGAGGACGAUGGCUCCGAAAGACUACCAGAAAACGAGAGAUUGAACAUUGCCAUUGUUCAUGUCGGAGCUCCAUCCGCUGCUUUGAACGCUGCUACCCGUGCAGCCACUCUAUACUGUUUGUCGCGUGGUCACACUGCCUCUGCCAUUUUGAAUGGCUUCAGUGGAUUGAUUCAAACAGGUGAAGUGAAAGAACUGUCGUGGAUUGACGUGGAGAACUGGCACAAUCUCGGUGGAUCCGAAAUUGGAACCAACAGAUCUGUCGCCAGUUCCGAUAUGGGUUCUAUCGCCUACCAUUUCCAGAAGAACAAGUUUGAUGGUCUUAUUAUCUUGGGUGGCUUCGAGGGUUUCAAGUCGUUGAAGGAAUUGCGCGACGCUCGUGCUCAAUACCCAAUUUUCAAUAUUCCUAUGGUGUUGAUUCCAUCUACUGUUUCCAACAACGUUCCGGGUACCGAAUACUCUCUAGGUGUUGACACCUGUCUAAAUGCUUUGGUCAACUACACAGACGCCAUCAAGCAAUCUGCUUCUGCAUCCAGAAGAAGAGUCUUUGUUGUCGAGGUGCAAGGUGGCCACUCCGGUUACAUCGCUUCUUUCACAGGGUUGGUUACAGGCGCUGUUUCCGUGUAUACUCCUGAAGAUGAGAUCGAUCUAAAGAGCAUCAGAGAAGAUUUGGCGCUACUAAAGGAAAACUUCCGUCAUGACCAGGGAGAAACCCGUAACGGUAAGCUUCUGAUCAGAAACGAGCAGGCUUCCAGUAUCUACACCACACAGCUUCUUUCUGAUAUUAUCGCAGAGGCCUCAGACAACAAGUUCGGUUCCAGGACUGCCAUCCCUGGUCACGUACAACAGGGUGGUGUUCCUUCGUCCAGAGAUCGUGUCACUGGUUCUAGAUAUGCUGUUAAGUGUGUGAAGUUCAUUGAAGCAUGGAACAAAAAGAACUCCGAUGAGCAAAACGAGGAUUUCAAAAUUUUGAGAUUCAAGUACGUUAACGGCGUCAAGGAGUACACUCUUCAUGACGAGGAUGCUUCGGCUGCCAUCAUUGCUGUGAACGGAUCCCACAUUUCUUUCAAGCCAAUUGCCCACUUAUGGGAAGAGGAGACCAAUGUUGAAUUGAGAAAGGGUCAAGAGAUCCACUGGGAGGAAUUCAACAAGAUCGGAGAUAUACUUUCCGGAAGACUAAACCUUAGAAAAGAAGUAGGUGCUGACCAAAGUAUCUAA